AAGAAACAGGGCAGCUUGGAAGAGGUACCUGCUUUCUAAUAAUUGCCUUUAGUGGGAACAGAAGUCUCCUUACAAGAAGCUUUUAAUUCAUUUUAAGACUUAAUUUUAUGUUUUUUGAAGAACAACAAAAAAUAUUUCUGGAAAAGACUGCUGAGAAGAUUUCCCUCUUUCAGCCAGAAGAGCAGAGAGAAGAUUGUAAAUCAAGGAAAAGAUUUCCCCCUUCAGAUCUAACGAUUACAUUAGGGCUCCUGCAUCUUUUUGGAAGGAUUCAUUUUAUAAAUCAGAAAGUGUUCGAGGUUCAAAGGUUUGCCUCGGAGCGUGCGAACAUUCCUCCGCUCGGUUUUCAACUCGCCUCCAACCUGCGCCGCCCGGCCAGCAUGUCUCCCCGCCCGUGAAGCGGGGCUGCCGCCGCCCUGCCGCUCCGGCUGCCACUAACGACCCGCCCUCGCCACCACCUGGCCCUCCUGAUCGACGACACGCGCACUUGAAACUUGUUCUCAGGGUGUGUGGAAUCAACUUUCCGGAAGCAACCAGCCCACCAGAGGAGGUCCUGAGCGCGAGCGGAGACGAUGCAGCGGAGACUGGUUCAGCAGUGGAGCGUCGCGGUGUUCCUGCUGAGCUACGCGGUGCCCUCCUGCGGGCGCUCGGUGGAGGGGCUCAGCCGCCGCCUCAAAAGAGCUGUGUCUGAACAUCAGCUUCUCCAUGACAAGGGGAAGUCCAUCCAAGAUUUACGGCGACGAUUCUUCCUUCACCAUCUGAUCGCAGAAAUCCACACAGCUGAAAUCAGAGCUACCUCGGAGGUGUCCCCUAACUCCAAGCCCUCUCCCAACACAAAGAACCACCCCGUCCGAUUUGGGUCUGAUGAUGAGGGCAGAUACCUAACUCAGGAAACCAACAAGGUGGAGACAUACAAAGAGCAGCCGCUCAAGACACCCGGGAAGAAAAAGAAAGGCAAGCCCGGGAAACGCAAGGAGCAGGAAAAGAAAAAACGGCGAACUCGCUCUGCCUGGUUAGACUCUGGAGUGACUGGGAGUGGGCUAGAAGGGGACCACCUGUCUGACACCUCCACAACGUCGCUGGAGCUCGAUUCACGGAGGCAUUGAAAUUUUCAGCAGAGACCUUCCAAGGACAUAUUGCAGGAUUCUGUAAUAGUGAACAUAUGGAAAGUAUUAGAAAUAUUUAUUGUCUGUAAAUACUGUAAAUGCAUUGGAAUAAAACUGUCUCCCCCAUUGCUCUAUGAAACUGCACAUUGGUCAUUGUGAAUAUUUUUUUUUUUUGCCAAGGCUAAUCCAAUUAUUAUUAUCACAUUUACCAUAAUUUAUUUUGUCCGUUGAUGUAUUUAUUUUGUAAAUGUAUCUUGGUGCUGCUGAAUUUCUAUAUUUUUUGUAACAUAAUGCACUUUAGAUAUACAUAUCAAGUAUGUUGAUAAAUGACACAAUGAAGUGUCUCUAUUUUGUGGUUGAUUUUAAUGAAUGCCUAAAUAUAAUUAUCCAAACUGAUUUUCCUCUGUGCAUGUAAAAAUAGCAGUAUUUUAAAUUUGUAAAGAAUGUCUAAUAAAAUAUAAUCUAAUUACAUCAUGA